AUGGUUCAGAAGGGGCAGCAGUUUAAAGGCAUAAAGAAGAAAGCGGUUCCACCGAACCGGCAUGGGAAGGCGAUCAAAGUUCGAAAAGGGAGGGUUGUGAAGGCGACAAAGAAAAACACCUCCGAACUUGACGCCAGCAAGGAAGUAACCAAGUUCAUUAACGCGGCGAACGAGUCUCGUUCAGCAGCAGUGGCGGCGAGAGACGGAGCACCGCUGACGCUAGUCAAAGCCCCGCCUCCGGAUCCGACAGAUGCGGAGGGCAAGAAGGGAGCGAGCAAGGGGAAGGUUCUUAUGGGGAAGGUGAAGCCGGCGGGCAAGAAGAAGUGA